AACUUCAUCAUAUCUAACGUCGGUGGUGUGGCGGCGGCUUCGAGCUGAUUCACGAGUUUCAGGACGAAAUGGCCACCAUAAAGCACUAAAACAGGUGGGAGGAUGUCUGUGGAGGUGGACGUAUUGCUGCAGGAGGCGAAAGAAAGCAUCGAGGCGGCCCAGAACUACCGCAGUGAACUUCAGCAGCGCCUGCAUGGCCUCAACCAGGCCCGCAAGCAGGUUCGGGGAAGCUCGGGACAGGCCCGUGAGGCCCUGCGGAGGCACUUCGCAGAGCUACAGGCAGCAGCAACUCGGUUGCUGACAGAGCGACUGACCACCCUGCUGGCUGAAGUGGAUGUUAUCGAGGCAGACAGCGUCAAACCGUUGGAUGACUGUCAGAGCCUCAUCGAGCACGGAGUGGGCCAGGCCGACGAGCUGCUGAGAGAGGGGGAAGCAGCUCUGCGUUGUGGUCUUGGAGAGAAGGAAGACAAACUGGGAAGUUUCACCAAGAAGGCCAUGCAUAUCCAACUGGACAGUCUACCAGAGGUACCAGCAUUGGUGGAUGUGCCGUGUGUUUCGGCCCAGCUGGACGACUCCCUGCUGGGGCUGCUGAGGGACCGGGUCUCCCGCCACGGCGCCGUCUCCUCCCACCCACCCGUCCAGAUAGAAGAACUGCAGGAGAGACCGGGUAGUAUCCUGGUCCGCUGGUGCAAGGUGGACGAGGACUUUGCAGCAGCAGAUUAUCGGCUGCAGCACCGGCGGUCCGGCAGUGGGGGGAGCCAAUAUGAGGAUGCCUACAUAGGGCGGGACAGUGAGUUUCUGGUUCUCCACCUGGACCCUCACACGGAUUAUCUGUUCAGGGUGUGCGCCCGUGGGGAGGGUCGCACCGAGUGGAGCCCCUGGAGCAUCCCUCAGACAGGAUACACCACACUUGCACCGCACGAGUGGUGUCCGGGCACUGAGGGCUACAUCCUGAGCAGCAGGAGAAACAUUGCCCUGCGCAAUGACUCCUCCCAAUCGCGCUGCCCCAUCCUCUACUCCAACGCACCCACCUACUUCUGUGGCCAGACACUGACCUUCAAGAUCUCUGCAGCAGGUCAUAUGGAUCGGAGGGACAGUCUGGGCGUGUGCGUGGACAGCGAGAAGGGGGCACAGUCACUUCAGAGAGACCAGGCUGUCUGCAUUUCCACUAAUGGUGCUGUAUUUGUAAAUGGUAAAGAGAUGACCAACCAGCUGCCCGCCAUCACCAUGGGCUCCGCCGUGACCUUUGACAUGGAAGUGGUGAAUCUUUUCCCCAUCAGCAACAAUAACCUGAGCGAGGGCGGCAACUUCAAGCUGAGGGUGACCAUUGGCUCAGGGAACAGGGAGGUGGUGUUCGACUGGCUGGUGGACCAGGCGGUGGACUGCCUCUUCUUCGGCUGCUCUUUCGUCCACUCCGGCUGGAAAGUGCUUGUGUUUUAAAGAGUGAAGCGAGAAUGGAUCCUUCAACCUGCUGGAGUUCGGGAGCUCCUCACACUUCAGUGUAAUAACUUUUCUUCUGUUCUUUUUUUCUUUUCUUCAUCUGAAGCACGUACAGGACGGCUGCAUAGUCUGGUAAAAAUAGGAAGAUCUGUCAUUACUUCCCAGAAUUUCUUCAAUGUAACAAAGGCUAACUUUCAGAGAUAUUUCUCCACGUCAGCAGCUGCACACCAUAUUCCUCAGUAAUUAUCCAUGUCACAUGGAAAUAAUGCAAUUCUUUCAUGUAUGUUUUCAAACAUGGAAAAUUCCUGGGACAAAACUGACAAGCAGUGUCCUGGAAGACAGUUUAACUUCACCACAUCACAACGACAAAGCAACAGCUGUGAGCCUGCGAUGAGAGGAGUAAAACGUUGUGCAACUCAACAGGUUGUUAAACAGAAUUUAUCACAGUUAAAGAAGAAAAAUCAUUUAUCAGAUUUUCAGUUGUGUUCGCUCGAAAGACGAUUCAGUGUUGACAUGCACAUAAGUAACUUGGUUGCUGUAGGCUCUCGGCAGUAAAAUGAAUCUGCUGCUUAUUCAGCAAACUUGGUUUCUGUUAUCAUGUCAGGAAGUAGAGGAACCUCAUUUUCCCAAUUUGUUCUGGAGAAAACUGAUUUCUCGUCCAGGUGUUCUCGUAACGUGGUUGCUAACAGACUUCAGAGAGGGAAAAGUAUCACAGUGAGUAGAUGAAUCAUUACCAGUAGUGUUGCAUCCUUGUAUGAACACUAUAAUUUUUCUCCUGUUAAGCUUGUUUCCAUGGUAAGAAUUAAGAUACUUGUCCCGCUGGUACCUGAAGCAACAUGCCUCCACUAAUGCAGCCACUUGGUUUUUAUAAACGCUGGUUGAACAAAUUCGAUUUUCUGUAACCUGCUUCCUCUGACUUGGUUUCUUGUGUGCAUGUAAACUAACUGACUGUGACUGCGAGGGUCUCUGCCUCUCAAGGAAAGGGGACGUGAUCGAUCCUGAUUUUUCCAGACUCUUUGCUAAACCCUGUCAGUGUCGAACAGUUGAGCAGAAACUGUUAAACGAUGAUCCAGCUCCUCCUCACUCUUUAGGGAGCUGUGUUGGGAGGAGUGAUAUUUGUUUUCAUGAAAUUUCUUGGCUUUUAGUUUGUUUUGUUUUUGAUUCCCGGGCCUGCUCAUGAGGUUGGCCAUUGUUUACAGCUUUUUAUCUAUGCAUUGUUUUCAUUUAGCCAUGGUAAGAGUUUGACACCUUUUUGUAGGUGAAGAUCGCAGCCUGUUAGGACACACACACACACUGUUCCCAGGAGGCCACAAGAUGAUAAAUGUUAAGUUUUUAUCUGUUGUUUGUUUUUUGGGAGCAGACUCAUCACAAUCUGCUGCUGCCUCUUUUAAAGGGUCUGCUCUAGUUUAUUUUAACAACAAAAAAAAAAGUCACUGUGAAAGUCACACCUCCUCUUGUAUUUUUCUUUGCCUCGUAAACCUGUUCAGCAGAAGUUUAAAGGGGCAGUUCACCAAAAGCACAAGCCAGUGUCACCUGUGUCUGAAGAUUCUCACCACAGUACAUGCGAUGAAGCUUAGAGGAAGCCGUUAGCCACUGAGACGUUAUGAAGCAGUUUGGGGAACAACACCACAAGCUACAUAGAAAUCCAAAAUGGCACAAAGAUGGUUAAAACAUAUGGAUAAUUGUAUCUUACAUAAUACAAUGACUGCAUUUGUGUUGUUGCACAAAUAUCUGUAGGUCUUGAAAACUCUUUAAAAGCAUUGAAAAGUAUUAAAAAGACUUACAUUUCAUUUACAAAAGUCUUCAAUAUUUUUUUCCUUUUUCUAUCCAUCAGUCCAAAACUCAAACUCAAAAGCAGCAAAUCUUUACAUUUUGUAGCUAAACAACAACUGAAUGUUGACAAAACCAACUAAAAAUGAAUUAUUUGUAAUUGGUAAAUCCUGCAGGACCAGUUUGCAUUAAUUAAAUUAAUUAAAUCAUUAGCUAAUCUUGUUUUAUGCUGCUGUCAAGGACCGAAAAUGUGAUAUGAUAAUAAAAAGCUGUAUUGCAGUAUUGAUUUUCCAUCAUACUUUCAUCUUUUGGCCAGUACGAUAGUCAAACAGGUGUUAAAAACAUCUUUUUAAUUUAAGUCUGAAGUCUACAGAAACCCUGCAAACAUCUCUUUGCGCUGAGAGAACAGGUUCUCUUUUGUUUCUCAUAUUUUCUCUGAUAGUGUCUUUCUUUUUUUUUUAUUUUUCACGGCUUUAGUUAGUUUAGCAUUGUCACAAGCACAAAGCAGUGUGACCCACCUGACGUCUGAGCCAAUCAGAAGCUUGAGAAAUGUCUGGAAAGAGGCGCAUUUAGCAGGUUUGACUGUAGCAGAGGCUGGAAAAUUGUGCAAAGCAAAAAUUGUGAAAGCAAAAACACAAUAACAGGCACUUCUGAAAAGUGUCGUUCACCCAGAGCGGCUCAGCUAUCUAUUAUUUUUAUAACGUUGUUAUUUCCAGCCUGUUAUCUUUGGAUGGUGGUUGAAGUAUUUUGUUAUCUCAACACAAGGAAAUGUUUUCUUCUUUUUUUUUAAAAAAAACUAAAUUUACUCAUUACCAUCUCGAGAUAACGUCUCCUCUUCUCUCCUGAGACGCCUCUUUGUCUCCAGGCUGAGAGAAACAACUUGUACUGAUGAAAUGAAAGAGGACAGAACAUGAAGCACACAAGCCUUUUUAUAUCUCUGAGAUAAAGACACGCAUUGAGACAAUGUUAGAACUGAAUCAUUAUCUGUAGUUUGAUCAAAAGACACAGUUGUGAAGUGGAGCAGACUGUGGACAGAUGGGGGCGCUCCAGGCCGUAGAAUUUAACUUUGUUUUUGGUUGAACUGUUGCUUUAAAAUAAUCAAAGCUGUUACUCUGAAUCAUCUACACUUUAGCUUUUUUUUGCAUUGACAAUCCUAACAGUAUUCACACCUGCCAUUUGAAUGGGAGGAUGAGAGUUUGAAUUAUAAGGAGCACAAAUAUGAGAGAUGGUUACUGAUGAUUGCUGCUCCGACAGCCUCGUUCAGUCCAGUUUACAAGGUCUGACUCGUUACUGUGUGAGGCUGCUGUUUAACCAGGGUGGGAUUAAUGUGAGGAUACGAUUUAACCUCUUUUGUGUCAGUGUUGAUCAAAGAUGUUGUUUAGAAAGACGUGUUUUGACCUGUAAAAAGCAGAAAAACAUGGCCGCUCUUCCUGUGGUCUUUAAUUAAUUUUGUGGAUCCUGUAAACUAUUUUAAUUGUGUAUAAUGAGCUGCAACUAACCAUUACUUUUAUGAGUCGAUUAAUCAUUUUGUCUCUCAAAUGACAGAAAAUAAUGAAACAUGUCUGUUACAGUUUAAAACCAAAUGUUCAGUUGACUGAAAAUGAGAGAAUCUCAGUGGAUUUGAUUCUUACUGAUUCUUACCGAUAGAUUUUCUGUUAAACCAACUUAUAAUCAGCUUCCAUCAAUUGCUGCCAUGUGAAGAGUCUGAACAAUAGAAAAAUGACAUCAGAAAAAUAGUUUUUUUUAACUGGAAAUAUUUCCUCCUGUUUUGUUGUGAGGCGGCUCUGCGCUGCCACACAGGAUCAGACUGGUUUAAAAAUCUAAAUCUCACUCUGGGACAAGAAGGUUUCCCUUUAUGGCAAUCCACCAUAGCUCAUGAAUCUAUCUGUUUCUCUCUGUCUGUGUUGGUUUUAUUCUGUUAUUGUUCCUUCUCUUGUUGUUACCUCCACCUCCACCAAGCUGUGUCUUUUGUUCUCGACAUGACUCCUGUUCUUCUAAGGUGUUUUCACGACACUCCGGUUUUUCAUGUGCAGAUUUUAAAAUAAGAAUAGACAUUGGUGGAUGCUUGUCCAACACACAUCAUGGACUGUUGUUGUUGUUAACAUAGGAAGGUGUCGUUGGACGUAUUCACUAAAUAUCACAGAUACAGUUGAAAGUUUUUUUUGUUGUUGUCCAGCUCCGUUUCAGCCAACACGUCUUCUCCAACCAGCGUUCUUCGGAGAUGUUUCCUUUAUUUUUCUGCUGAUCUGAAGUCAGUGUUUUGUCUUGGAUGGGUCCAGCUGAUGGUACAGAUUUCCUGAAACCAGUGAACACAACCUCACAGUACCUUCUUCUCAUCUGAGGGAGGAAAAACUGAUAGACCGAACCACAUUGAAGCAAUAGUUUGUGUUUGACAGUCAAAACAGUGACAUCUGCUGGUCAAAGAGUUGCAUUUGUUUUCACUGCUGUCAUCCUUGUUAUUUUGUUCAAUAAAGAUCAUAUCAUGUAAA